UCUGAUGAAUGUAUAAAUCAAGGACCACAAUUGAUCCCUGACAAAUAGGUAUUUUUAAAUGUAUAAAAAAAAUAAUAAUAAUAAAAAAAAAUAAAAAAAAAAACCUGAUUGAAAAUGAGGAUGAUGAGAUACGCAUUUAAGACAAAAUGAAUUAAGCAGUAGUUACUGCUUUUGCAACAACUGACUGAUUGGUAAAGAGACAAAAACAAAAAGCACAAUCGCUGCUUUGCAGUAGCUUGUUACAGUAAAGACCAAAGAGCAUUUGUGCUUAAUCUAUGAGCCAUUUACUCACUUAAUUAGAGGGCGCGAGUGAAUGAGGCUCAUUUGCAUUUCAACAGCAACGGCCAUGUUUGAUUGCAGCCGAGAUGCAUCUUUGACUCAAAUCAUGCUGGCUUUCAUUAGUAUCCUUACAAGUUUCUGUUUACUGCUGUUUGGAUUGACAGAGUGUACACAGAAAGGAACAUUCAGAUCUCAAGUCCCGCUGAUUCUUUUUAAGAAUAACCUGCUACGGAAACCAGCCAUCUGAACCACUGUUUAGGUCUCUACGAGCAGUAUUCCAGGCGUAAGCAUGGAUGGCAGUAGUGGCGAAUGGCUCAGCACUCCCGUGCCCUCGUGUUGCCUGGAAAACCUCACCAUGGAGAAUUCCAGCAGGGGCCAAAUCUAUGAAGUCGUGCUGCAGUCGACGAACACGACUAAACGCAAUCCGCAGUUUGUUGGUGUGGAGCUCCUUCAGUCUUUUAAACCCCUCAUCAUCCCGUGCUAUGCUCUCGUGGUCCUGGUUGGAGUUUUCGGUAACUACCUGCUGCUUUACGUCAUCUGCCACACCAAAAAAAUGCACAACGUGACCAACUUCUUCAUCGGUAACCUGGCGUUUUCUGACAUGCUGAUGUGUGCUACCUGCGUGCCCUUUACCCUGGCAUACGCUUUUAACCCUCGCGGGUGGGUUUUUGGAAGAUUCAUGUGCUACCUGGUGUUCCUCAUUCAGCCGGUGACGGUCUACGUGUCGGUUUUCACACUGACAGCUAUUGGGGUGGACAGAUACUACGCUACGGUUCAUCCACUGAAGAAGCGCAUCUCAGUUCUGGCUUGCACAUAUCUUCUGUCUGGGAUCUGGAUUCUGUCGUGCGGUCUGGUGGCUCCUGCUGUGGCCCACACGUACCAUGUGGAGUUCAAGGAAGAAGGUUUCACCAUCUGCGAGGAGUUCUGGAUGGGUCAGGAAAAAGAUCGGCUAGCCUACGCUUACAGCACACUUUUCAUCACCUAUGUCCUUCCUCUGUCCGCACUUUGCAUCUCCUAUUUGUGCAUUUCAGUGAAGCUUCGCAAUUGUGUGGUGCCAGGUCAUCGUACCCAGAGCCAAGCGGAAGCUCAGCGGGCUCGGAAACGCAAGACGUUUCGUCUGGUGUCUUUAGUCGUCGCUGCUUUUGGGAUCUGCUGGCUGCCAAUAAGUGUCUUCAAUGUUCUUCGGGAUAUUGAUAUAGACCUGAUCGACAAGCGCUACUUCCUGUUGAUCCAGCUAUUGUGUCAUUUGUGUGGAAUGAGUUCCUCUUGUUGUAACCCGUUUUUAUAUGCAUGGCUGCACGAUCGUUUCAGGGCGGAAUUGCGCAAGAUGUUUACCUGCCAUCGACGGAUUGGCAUCGGGAUUCCUGCACACAACUGCGCCACCGCUAGCGUGGUUCUCUGACAGAAAAACAGCACGUUGAGUUAGUUCUAAGACUACUGAGGCUAGUAGAACACUUGGGUUGCAUACUUUUGGAAAAGAGAAAGUGUUCACGUUGGUCUUGGCUGGAACUAUACCAUCUGUAAGGUUCCCCCACAUGCAUCUUGUUUUAGAUGGACACAGAUGGUCUUUCUUGGAUGUACAAGCCAUGUGAGAAAGCUGUUGGAUUUAGCCACAAGAUUUCGCCAUGCUGUCUGUGAUUUGGAUAUGGAUUUCCUAGGAAGGAAACUAGAUGUUGAUCACAUUACAGAAAAAUGGUCCCUAAAAAUACUGCAACAGAAACAUACAGAUACCCAGCUUUCAGAAAAGCAAAUGCUUUAGCUUUAAAAGUGAAUUACAGCUUAUUUUAAUGCCUUUCGGACUGUUGGAUUAAACAUGUUUAAACUGCAUGUGUUUACACAAGAUGUCACUGAAUAUAUAUUAACAUCAAACAGAUAAAAUAGUCAAAAAGAACACAUGGCCUAGAAAUACUGUAUGAAAUAUUAAAACCUUUUACUAAUUAAAUGUUUUCAUUACUUUCAGGACUUUAAUGUUUUUUGUGCUCAUAAUAAAGUGUGCAAGAAUACAAAACAUAUUGUCUUUAUAUAAAAAAAAAUAAAAAUAAAAUUGUCUGCACAAGCAAAAUGUUAUUUUUAUUUUACAGCCAAUAAUAUAACUCUGGAUGUUGUAUUGUAGUUGAAUUUGUUCAUUAUUGAACCAAAAAUCCAGUUAUCUUCUUUGUCCUGAAGCAAAUAAGGAACAAAACUAAAAGUUCAGAAAAGAAAGUGCCAAAAUGUGUCCAGUGAGAGAAAGUCUCAUUUUUGUGAUUAUAACUGUACAAUUUUGUAUAAAUUCAUGUAACGUUUCAUAAUGUUUCAUUAAUAAACGGUGUCUGGACUGGCGGUUGUUUUAUACACAAAGACACACUACUGGGUAAACAAAAUAAUUGCAAUUAACUUUGUGUUGUUCGGGUAAAUGAAUACAGUGUGAAUAUCUCUGUAACAUUAUGUUUUCCAAGACAAAAAAAAACAAGGAUUAUUGCUCAAACAUUGGUUUAAUGAUCUGUACAAACCUCCAAAUAUUACUGUUUGGGCUAAUAGUUUUAUAAAUGAAUCAAGUGAAGCACAUAAUUUAAUGUUUUGGACACAUUUGCAUGUUAUUUACAAUUAUAUGUUACUGUGAUAUAUUAAAAUUUAUAUUAAAUGCAAAUAGCUGAGCUUAAGAGUGUUU